CAUUGACACUGACUUUCAUUCAGUGCUGCAAAAAAUAAGUGGAGAAGUUGAUGCACGAUAAACGAAUUUAAGUUUAAGUAAAAUUACGCUUUUAAUAUAGUUUAUAUUUAGGAAAAGUAUAUUUUAAAGAUACACAAUGAGUGCUUUGGUGAAAAAACUUUUCGACCAGCUGAAAAGCAAAGAAUUCAGGGAAUAUUUAAUGAGCACACACUUUUGGGGUCCAGUGGCUAAUUGGGGCAUACCCCUGGCGGCUAUUGCUGACACCAGGAAAGAACCCAGCUUUAUUAGUGGCAAAAUGACACUUGCUCUCACGCUGUACUCCUUGAUGUUCAUGCGUUUCGCGUGGCGCGUGCAGCCGCGAAACAUGCUGCUAUUCGCCUGCCACUUCACCAACACGGCCGCGCAAUUAACACAGGGUGCUCGCUUCGUCAACUACUACUAUAUACAGGGUGAGAGCAAACAGACGAACAAGCAAACACAGGGAACCGUAGAAGAGAAGUAACGUAUGCAUGGUGUCGCGUUUAACUUCUAGUGCGUUUCUUGUGCAUUCUUUACGAAUCUCCUCACACAGAAAUACUAACACUUACAAAUUGCACGCCUUUAGGGCGUUUCUGAGCUACUCCCAAGUUAUAACGUAAGUAACGUUUGUUGCACGAUAUAUAAUAUUAUCGUAGACAGAGAAGUUUAUAGACAGGUAUGGAUAUGGUAUCAAACGCAUUCCCUCUAAAAGAGGGAUGUAUAUUUGGUGUCAUGACGCGUGCCAUGCACUAUCGAUGAUCCAAUAGAAGCAGAGAUAGCUUAAAUUAUAUUGGCGAAAAAAAAGCUCAACGUUAUAGACGUAAAAUAUAUUUUUUGAUUUGAACAGCAUGCCAAUCAUUUGUCUAUUGAUUUCGUUGUCUACAAAUAUAAGCAACGUCUAUGCUCUGCAUUCUAAUCGAUCAGUGUAAAGUUUUAAAUCAGCGUACAGCUAUUUGUUGGCACUUUAGAGCGAACUAGAGGUUAUGCGCACUUUAGUAUGUAAAUAAAAUUGUAGACGAAUUAUCAUUAUUAGAUAAUAUUAAUUGUUGGGUAGUUGACGCGGUUUCGGGGCUUUUAGUAAAUAAUCAAGAACUUUAAUCAAAUUAUAGAUGUAUAGCCGUCCGUCCAAUCGUGAGAUUCAGUGUAGUAAAAUAUUCGCUAUUGGUCCAUUCGAAAAUAGCGUACGCAUUAUCUAGCUCUGUCAACCAAUAAAUCUACAAGGAGUCAAAGAUAUACCUUGACAUUUAAGAGCAGCGUUCGACUCCUCACCGAGGGAUGGUGGUUUGAUCCUCGCCCCGUUGGUCUAUUGUCGUAACCACUCCUAGUCUUUCCCCACUAGUUGGGGGUGAAUGGGAAUAUUGGCCAUAUUUAAAAUAUAUGUCAAAUAUCCCUUAAAAAAAUUUCGACCAAUAGCGACGGAAUCGAAAAUAUUUAAUUUCGAUGCGAUAUUUUUGUUUUCGAAAUGCUAAAAUGUGUCAACUGCCCAAUGUGUUUGAAACGGUUGCAACGCUAAAAACUGCCUUUUAAGUGUAAGUCGUAGUGCCAAUCACGUUCAUAUUCUUCACGUCAAUAAAGUUGACACGUAGAAAGGAGGUGUUUUGAAAUAUGUAUAAAUAGUUAAAAGAUAUUUGCUUCAACCCUCGAUGUACGUGUAAAAGAAGAAUAUUUGUUUGAAAUUGCAAUUUUUUUAUAGUUCCUGUUACAGCUUUUGCUAAGGCUCAUGUGAUGGUGUGAUUUAUAUCUUAUAAACGUUUAACCAUACUAACCCGGUAGGCCUGAGUUGCGUUAUCUUGAGACUAGAGCAAGAAAAUAAGCCGAGAAAUUUUCCAUUUCCAUCCCAAAAAUUGAAAGAGAGAGCCUCUUUCAAUUUUUGGGAUGGAAAGAGACAGCGAUAUUUAGCGACAAUAUAUUGUCGAUAGAUAAGAUCAAUGGUCAAAAUAUUUUACAUAAUGUCAAUAAAAUUGUAAUUGUAACGAGCCUUCGAUUUCUUUUAUCUUUUAGUUUUAAAACAUCUCCUUGGAAGAGCACAAAUACUUAUCAAUAAUAUAAAUAAUACUUCGUAUAUUUAAGGUCAGAGGUGUAUGUACCAAGCGUAUCGAACGUUUAUUUAUCUGAUUGUAUGGGAAGUCUUCUAAAUUUUGUCUAAAUCGAUGCUUUUACGGUUGUAAACUUCUGUUAUACGAACUACUAAUCAGAAGAUGCGUCUGAAAAGCCGUCCUCUGAUUGGUUGAACGUGAUGACGUAAAAGAAUUCUACAGAUGCAUAGGUAUGCAGUUUAAUCCUAAUAAGUCAUGAUUAAAGGGAUAAGGGGUAAUGAAUUGUCUUGUCUAUGAUAUAUCUAUGUAUGUGUUUAUUGUGUUAGUGUAAUAUAGUGUAUAUAAAUGCACUAGUGCGAACUAGUGUAGCGUUGUGGCCAAGGGUAAUGUAAUAUGUGACAUCGCUGUGUACGUACAAAGUAUAUUUUUUGAAUAUUUAAUAUUUAUUAUUGUUCAUAUUAUAUAAUUAUACUCUGUUGAUCUGUU